GGGGGGGGGGGUUCGCGUCAGUCACUUUCUCUAUUAUCUAGUAUCUAUGGGAUUGCACCAUUGGGGUAGAUAAAGGAAAGGUUUUUUAAAAAGGGAAUUCGAUUUCAGUACGCGACUGUAAGUUGUGUAAGUGACUGUAAGUGUUAGAUAGAAAUAUUUCUUAGGAAUUAUACCAACAUGUUAUCGUCACAUACCAUCAACAAAGCUGGUAAAAGAGAAGAGGAUUCCGAACAGAGAGGUUGUUCGUCUUUCAAGAAAAAAAAAGUGGAGUACGAUCAGUUUGUAAGAAACGAGAUAGAUUGCUUCCAAAGUGAAGAAAAUGGUUCGGUAUACUUUUCCAGUUUUAAUCCAGUUUGGCCUAUCCUAGGAUGUGGGUUAAGUGAUGGAAAGGUUCUCAUAAUUGAAGGGAAAAGGCAAGCCGACUUAGUCAGCACAUGGGAAAAUAAAUCAUGGAACAAAGUAAAUGCAAUAUCGGCAAUGACAGAUCUCGGAUGGAACAUGGACGGCAGUCUUUUGCUCGUCGCAUUUUUGGAUGGGCAAAUUGUACUAUGGAACAAAAACACCAAAACGUCGAUGGAAAUUAAAGAUCCAAAUGGUGAACAAGUGUGGGCUAUCACAUGGAAUCCUUCCCUGCCUACUACCUUCGCAACUCGAAGUGAUCAGACUGUUCUGGUUUGGGAUCGUGCCCAUAACCAACCAAAAGCCCCCAAACAAAGAUUUACCUUCCAUUCUAGUCUGUUAAGAGACUUAGUAUGGAUCUCGGAUGAUCAGUUUUUUUCAUGUUCCGAUGACGGGUUAAUCCUGCUAUGCCAAAUUGGAACUGAAUCGCCAAUAAGAUCUUUUGAUCAUGGAGUAGAUGCAGUGCUAUCCCUAUCUUGGAACAAUACUUUAAAUCUUUUGGGGUGCUUAUCGCUGAACGGAUCGACAAUGGUAUGGUCGAUGGACAAAAAUGAGCCUAUUUAUUUAGUUAAAAGUGAAAGAAUGAAAAGACCCACAUGUUUAGCUUGGUACCUUUUUGGUGACUCGAUAGCUGAAUCAAGUUGGACGUUGAUUGCCUGCGGAUUAGAGGACGGCUCUGUAGUGUUAUGGGAUAGCUGUGGAAAUAGCGAUCCAGUCCUUAGUUUGCUCGUACAAACCAAUUCUAUUUGGGACAUAUCCUUUUCGCCUGACGGCAUGUUUCUAACUUCUAUUGACUUGCAAGGAAACUUGGUUAUCUGGUCAACUAAGACCUGGCAAAUCGUAUUUCAAUCGAAUUUGUCCUUCCGCGCGUCAAAAAGAAUCUUGCAAUGGGGAGGUGGUGGACGUAAAUUAGCUAUUGCUAAUCCAAGUGAACAGAUCCAUCUAAUUGAGGCUGUUAGGGUGAGGAAUAAACAUUAAACAAAGUACUUUGAAAAUAUUAAGUAAUGGAUUAACAUUUCCAUAUUAUCUAGCAGUGUGUGCAUGAGUGAUUAAUAAUAGCCUAGGCCCUAAAUAUUUGCCAUAUAAAGAUUCCAAAACCCCUUCUGAACAAGUGACAUUUAUAACAACGAGACGUAAACUUGUUACAUAGAAAUAGUCAUCCUUACUU